UAUCAGCCUCUAGAUGAUCAGAUUCGGCAUGACCUGGAUGCAGAAUAUGUUGCGUUUCAUGACGAAUACAUUCAAUACAUUGAACCCGAUGACGUGAGGCCAUGGAAUCCAGAGCAAGCGCGAUCACGGCGGCUUCCAGUGCCAUCAUUAGAGACUUCUCCAAUCUCGCGCACAGAAACAAUUGACCUAAGCAAUUUUGCAGUGCGAGUUUUCUGGCCGUAUGGAGAGCGUCCAUCUGCUGGUUGGCCGGUGCUGGUCUGGUAUCAUGGUGGUGGAUGGGCGGUUGGGAGCAUCGAAAGUGAGAACGAUUUCUGUACAAAGAUGUGCAGUGAUGCGAAUUGUGUGGUAGUGACAGUUGGCUACCGGCUAGCACCAGAACAUCCGUACCCUGUGCCGGUGGAGGAUGCCCUUGAGGCUCUGGUCUGGGUGCAGAGUGAUGAAGGACGACGCGUAUUGGAAAUCAACCCAACCAAGAUCGCGAUUGGAGGCACUUCUGCAGGCGCCAACCUUUCGGUGGUGACUACACUCAAGGCCUCACUGCUGCCCACGUCUAUACCUAUCAUCUUCCAGAUCCUUAUUGUCCCCGUUAUUGACAAUACAGCCACAGAGGAGACUACUUGGGCGGCGAGGGCGAAAGCGCCGUGGCUGACGCCCGCUCGCAUGACAUGGUACCGGAAAAUGUACCUGCCUGAUCCGAGCCAGGCACUGAACUGGGAUGCUUCACCAAAUCAUGCAUCUCCUCAGCUCUUAACGAAAGUUCCCAGGACCUGGCUAGCUGUUGCUGAGCAGGAUCUACUUGCCCCUGAAGCGUUAUUGUUUGCAGCCCAGUUGCGUGGCGCAGGUGUCAACGUUGAGACCGUUGAAUACGAGGGCAUGACACAUACAAUCUUGGCCAUGAAUGGUAGGCGUCCAUAUUUUCUGCCAGGGAACGUUUUCUCUACACCUACAUGAAGCUAACUUAUCUUGCAGGAGUUCUCUCCAAAGGAAAGCAACUAAUGAAUGAUGCUGCGUGUGCUUUGAACGUGGCUUUCCAUCGUGCAAGCUAGAUAAAGUCAUCAA